CCCAUGAUCCUUCCUUCCCUUCCCGCCCCACUUGUUUUGUUUUUUUAAAGCCGCGACAACAUUGUUUAGUGUUUAUUUUGUUUUACGAUCGAUAGCUUCCUUUGCUUGGUCGGGGCGGCUGCUGAGCGGCGAAGUGGCGUGGACCUCAUGUAGAAAUGACAACAAUGGAAGGGGCCAGCGGGUCGAGUUUUGGAAUAGACACGAUUUUGUCCAGUGCCAGUUCGGGCAGCCCCGGCAUGAUGAAUGGAGAUUUCCGCCCGCUUGGCGAGGCCAGGACCGCGGAUUUUAGGAGUCAGGCCACUCCGUCCCCCUGUUCGGAGAUUGAUACCGUAGGAACGGCGCCUUCUUCUCCCAUCUCGGUCACCAUGGAGCCCCCGGAGCCGCAUCUGGUAGCAGAAGGGCCCCAGCAUCACCACCACCUCCACCACAGCCAGCCGCCGCCGCCGCCCGCCGCGGCCCCCACGCAAAGUUUGCAGCCUUCUCCCCAACAGCAGCCGCCGCCGCCGCCGCCGCCGCAACCGGCCCAGCAGCUGGGCUCGGCCGCCUCGGCCCCCAGGACUUCCACCUCUUCUUUUUUAAUUAAGGACAUCUUGGGCGACAGCAAACCUCUGGCGGCGUGUGCACCCUACAGCACCAGCGUGUCCUCUCCCCACCACACCCCGAAGCAGGAGAGCAACGCAGCACACGAGAGCUUCAGGCCAAAGCUCGAGCAGGAGGACAGCAAAACCAAACUCGACAAGCGGGAAGAUUCCCAGAGCGACAUCAAAUGCCACGGAACAAAGGAAGAAGGAGACCGGGAGAUUACGAGCAGCCGAGAGAGUCCCCCUGUGAGAGCCAAAAAGCCUCGCAAAGCCAGAACAGCUUUCUCUGACCACCAACUCAAUCAACUGGAGCGUAGCUUUGAGCGGCAGAAGUACCUGAGUGUGCAGGACCGCAUGGACCUGGCAGCAGCGCUCAACCUCACGGACACCCAAGUCAAGACCUGGUACCAGAACCGCAGGACCAAGUGGAAGCGGCAGACCGCGGUGGGCCUGGAGCUGCUGGCCGAGGCGGGCAACUACUCGGCCCUGCAGAGGAUGUUUCCGUCGCCUUAUUUCUACCACCCGAGCCUGCUGGGCAGCAUGGACAGCACUACGGCCGCCGCGGCUGCCGCAGCCAUGUACAGCAGCAUGUACCGGACUCCUCCCGCACCCCAUCCCCAGCUGCAGCGGCCCCUGGUGCCCCGCGUGCUCAUCCACGGCCUGGGGCCCGGGGGGCAGCCGGCCCUCAACCCCUUGUCCAACCCCAUCCCAGGCACCCCGCACCCCCGGUGAAGAAUGAGCGACUGACGGCGCUGCAGUCCCUUCCCGUCCCUUCCCCUCCCCGACCGACCGGACAGCUGCCCCUCCGCUCCGCUCCCCGCACCAGGCCGCUGGGCCUCCCUCGGGAGCGACCCCGGGAAGCGGAGCAGUAAGAGAAGAAGCCGCUCACCAGUGGGAGGGGGGCCCCCCAAAGAGGAACCAGCCCUCCGCUCUCUAUCUCCCCACCCCCAGAAACAGGGCUGGAAAGCUCCCCACAGCAGUGUGACUGGCGAUAUCGCUGACCCCACACAAAGUGCGACCAGUAAG